AUGGUAAAUAUACCAUUUGUUAUAGGAAAAAUUGUAGAAGGAGUUGAUUCUACUACUGUUACAGUAAAAAAAUUAUUAAAACAGGGAAAAUUUAGUGCUAUCUACCAAUGUGAAAAAAAUUUUGAUACCUAUAGUCUUAAGGUAUCUUUUGAAGAAAGUUGUGAUGUUGAAUUAGAUGUAAUAAACAAUGUUGAUUAUAAAUGUGCAUAUGGAAGAAAAAUUGUUCAAAUGUUUGAUGUUGGUUUUUCUAAUACUUUGGAUCAAACUUUUUUUGUAUAUGAAAUAUUUCAUCGAAAUUUAACUGAUUAUAUAAAUAAAAAACAAUCAUAUCGAUUAGGAGCAUUAGAAGGUUUAUAUACUUUAACAGAAUAUCUUAGUGCUUUAGAAUAUUUACAUAAUCGAGGAUUUGUAUAUAGGAAUGUAAAACCUUCAAGUUUAUGUAUAGAAAAUAAAGAUGGAACUAUAUUUGGUAAAAGAUUAUAUUUAUGGGAACUUGAAUGUUGUUAUAGGAUUGAUUAUUCAUCAUUAAACGAUCAAAAAUACAUUAACAAAAUGAAAAAUAUAUAUGAAAAUAGAAAAGAAAAACUAAUAAAUUGUGCAAAAUAUUGUUCUAUUAAAGAACAUACAAGUCCAUUACCAAAAAUUAUAAAUGACAUUGAAAGCUGGUAUUAUACUGGAAUAAAAGUAUUUGAAGGAACAUUACCAUGGUCAUCAAUAAAGAAUAAUGAUGAACAAUUAAUAAUUAAUAAAAAAAAAGAAUUAAAUGAUAUAUUUAAUAAUUUUUUUAUUCAUACACCUAUUUUAUUUACUACAAUUAUGAAAUUAAUAACACAAAAUAAUGGUAAUAAUUUUAAUUAUAUUGAAACAUAUAAAAUUUUAAAAAGAAAUAUGCUUCAAAUAGAUAAAAAUGAUAUAAGUAUAAUGUCAGAUGAUGAAAAAUUACUUUAUAAUAGUGUACUUUUAAAACGUAAAGAAAUUUUAUUACCAACAACUAAUGAUGAUAAAAUAAAUAGAGAAUGUUCAGGAUCACGUAGUAUAUCAAAUAGUGUUAGCAAUGAAUUAAUAUCAAUUAAAACUGAAGGUAGUAAUGUUAAUAUUAUAAAACCUCCUAUUAAAGAUAAAAAUUUUGUAUAUAAUUUGAAAGAAUUUUUUAAACGAAAACCAAGUAAAAGAAGAUAA